AUGUCAAUCCGUCCACCGUCCAGCCGGGUCCUUAGACUUAUAUCUCGCAAUGAAAGAAAUAUACAAUGCCUCCGCCGGGUACCCCAAUGUCUAGCGCAACGUCGAAGCCUGGCAACAAAACCAGCACCAUCACCAGCACCUGGAGAACGACUCGACCCCAUCACACUACAUAGACUCGAAUACCAGCGCCGGGAAUACUACAAAAGGAGAUCAUACUAUGCGGGAACGGGAUUUGUGCUGGGCAUGAUUGCGAUUUGGAUCACUGCGACUUCGAUUGAAUUACCUCCAAAACCCAUACAGGCCGACUCUGGACGACGCGCAGAUGACCCCUUGGUAGUGCUGGGCAAGGAGAAGAAGAUUGUUAUUCAGAAGCUGGGGGAAGAACCAGAGGAGGUUGUGGACUCGUUACCCACGGGUACGAGUACAGUUCCAACAUUUCCACGAGUACUGGAAUAUUACGAUGAUGCUGGAGAAGGACCGGCAUCAAAUGAUGAUCGCAUGGUUGAAUACCAGUGUCUCGGGUUGGGUCUUCGAACAGUCAGUUUCCUGGGCAUCGAAGUCUACGUAGUGGGAAUGUACAUUGCGACCGACGACAUCGCCGCGCUCCAGGAAGCUUUGAUUCGGAAAAUCGACCCAAUUGCAUCCACUCUUGUUGCUGGGGAGAAAGAAAAGCUAAAGGCAAAGCUCUAUGACCCUGAAGAGGGCUCAGAAAUCUGGAAUGAUGUACUGAAAAGUACUGGUAUACGGACGCUAAUUCGAAUCGUACCUACCAAAAACACAGACUUUGGACAUCUUAAGGACGCGUGGGUGCGACAUCUCACAGCCCGCGCGCAAUCAAACAAGGAAGAAUUUGGAGAUGAGUCUUUUGGUGUUUCGAUACAGGAAUUCAAGCAAUUGUUUAACCGAGGAAGUGUACCAAAAGGAAAAGAGCUGGUUCUGAGCAGAGAUACGAAGGGCAAAGUGGCCGUUUGGUAUGAUGAUGGAAAGAAUGGCGCAACCAGAUUGGGUCAGGUUCAUGAUGAGCGAGUCUCGAGAGGUCUAUGGCUAAACUAUCUGGCUGGAAAGACAGUUGCCAGUGAGCCAGCCAGGAAAAGCAUUAUUGAAGGAGUGAUGGAAUUUGUUGAGCGUCCUGUUGGAACGGUUGCCACACAGGUUGUUUCGCACAAUGUGUAA